UACAAUUCCUCACGUGAAUGUAAUGGAAUGUAGAGUUGCUUUGGUUCGGAAACGUCGACGGUCAAAAGCUAGAAAUGUCCGGUGAAGUUUUCCUUCCGUGGGAGGAAAGAAGCGAGACGAGACCAAAGAGGAUUUAGUUCCAUGCGUGGAUAAAAUUAACCACGCAGCAGCAUCCUGGGUCGAGCCUACACCUGAACAUAUGCAACCAAUUAUUGCGUGCAAACCCUCCACAACAUAAGAAAAAGAAACAAAGGUAAGUAUUUUAGGACGGAGGGAGUAAUAAAAGAAGUCAGACCGGUUCGUUAGCAAAGGCCUAUCCUGAUACCAGCGAUCGAUCGCUCAUCACUCGCCCUCAAACUCAAAGAGUUUUCUCCAGGGAAAUCAACCCGGUGGCAAGUGAGAGGGCACCAUCACCCGUCCGGAAUUGUAGGCAUCUCCAUGCGGAGGGGCGAAAAGGCCACCCGCGCUUUUCCCAGUGGAGGAACAUUUCAAACCGACCUGCUGUUGUUGCUAAGCUAGUAAGUAGAUGGUGGUAGGUAGUUUUCCCAGGACGACACAUCCCACAGCACAACAAGCAAACAAGCACUCCAGGAAGCAACCCACAAUCCCCACAUGCACUCCCGAGCCCUUCCCUCGGCGACAAGAUGAGUGGGAGCGAGAGGUAGAUGGACUCUUCUCUCGUUCUGUUUCACACUUGACCAUCCAUGGCAGACGCUGGUUUCGGGCUCUAGACCAGUAGCCGUUGAUACGAUGAAGUAGGCAGGCGGCUAGUGUGGUUGAGGGAAGAGGCAGAGCGAAUUGCUCGCUUGGCUGGCUGGCUGGCUGCUUUACCAUGUCCAUGUACAUCCGGCUCCUACUCUGCUCCGCCGCUCCUCCUCCUCCUCCCCCGCACGCGCGCGAUGAUGCGGCCGCCUCGCGGGAUCCUGCUCUUCCUCGCCAUGCUCGUGGCGCUGCUGCUGGUGCGGCCGGGCGCAGCGUCCACGCUCGCGACGUUCGCCAUGGCCAAGGCCGAGGAGACCACCAUAGUGUGCGGGCUGCUGCCGUCCGCUGCGUCGCCGGCGCUGUUUGACCUCAACUGCACGGCGGCCGGCGGCGAUCACGAGAGGCAGGAGACGUACCCCUCCACGCACCCCUUCUCCGCGCUGGCCGGCGGGGAGGACUUCCUCUGCGCCGUCGGCCCCUCGUCCGCGCGCGCCGGCGCCGUCGACAUGCGCUGGUGGGACCUGUCCAAGAACGCGGGCAGGUCCAAGCGGGUCUACCUCGGCCCGCCGCUCCGGGCGCUCGCCUCCAGCGGCUACCGCGUCUGCGGGGUGCUCUCCAGCGGCGAGCUCCAUUGCUGGCGCUGGCGCGGGCUGGCCAUCCCGGCCGGGCUCCGUUUCGUCGCCGUCGCCGUCGGGAAGGGGUUCGUGUGCGGCAUCGUCGACGGCCAGGACGCGCCUAUCCGCUGCUUCGGGAACAAGACGGAGGACAUCGAGGCCGUCCGCGCCGCGCCGCAGGGCGGGAGCUACGACGUGGUCGUCGCGUGCGGCCGGCACGCCUGCGCGCUCUCCAUGGGCGGGGGCCUCUCGUGCUGGGGCAGCGGCGCCCCGGCGCUGGACGGCGAGAACGUCACUGCCGGGUACGCCGCGCUCGCGCUGGGCGAGAGCGGCGUCUGCGGGCUGCGCACCAACGGCACUAUCCGGUGCUUCGGCCACGGCGUCGCUGCGCCGCCGGAGCCCCUCGCCGGCUUGCAGUACAUCGACGUCCAGGCGCAGGGCUGCGCCUUCUGCGGCGUCCUCCUGGCCAACUACUCCCUGGUGUGCUGGGGAGGCCACGAGUUCAACGCCACCAAUCGUCUCGUCUUCGACCGCGUCCUGCCGGGCCCGUGCGUGCCCAUGUCCUCGUGCCAAUGCGGCGUCCUGCCGGGCUCCGCCAACCUCUGCGCCGGCGGCCGCUGCAUCUGCGUGGACUGCGCUUUCGAGCUCAACGUCGCUUUCCCCAAGGCAGCCAACCCCGGAGAGGCCAGCAGCAGCAGCAGCAGGAGGAGGAGAAAGAUCAUCAUUGGAGUCGCCGUCGGGGCGGCUGCGUUGCUUGUGCUGGUGGUUGCAUUGCAGUUCGCGCUGCUCCUAUGGUGCCGCCGCCGGCGCCGCCGCAACAACAGCCCGGACGAGCUUGCCGCGAUGCAGUCCCUGAUGCCGCCACGGCUUGGGUCGAGCAGGAGCAAGGGGCCAGGCAGCGUGGUGGAGCAUUUCACGCUGGACACCCUGCGCGCGGCGACGGAGGGGUUCGACGACAGCCGCCGGAUCGGGUCCGGGAGCUUCGGGUCGGUGUACCGCGGCACGCUCCCGGACGGGCGCGAGGUGGCGAUAAAACGUGCCGAGGACCACGCCAAGUCGUCGAGCUCGGCAGCGCGGCCGGCGCGCCGCCGCGACCGCGAGACGGCCUUCAACUCGGAGCUGAUUGCUCUGGCGCGGGCCAACCACAAGAACAUCGUGUGCCUGCUGGGGUGCUGCGCUGAGUCCGGCGAGCGCGUGCUGGUGUACGAGUUCAUGAUGAACGGCACCCUCCACGACCAGCUCCACGACCGCAGCCCCAUGGCGGCGCCGGUGCUGUCGUGGCGCGGCCGGCUCACCAUCGCGCUGGGCGCCGCGCGCGGCAUCGAGUACAUGCACGUCUACGCCGUGCCGCCCAUCAUCCACCGCGACAUCAAGUCCGCCAACAUCCUCCUGGACGACUCGUGGACGGCCAAGAUUGCCGACUUCGGGCUGUCCUCCGUCCUGGACCCCGCCGGCGACUGCGAGGACAACGGCGGCGACGACCCGCAGCAGCAGCAGCCGCAGCGGACGGUCUACACCGGCGGCACGGUGGGGUACAUGGACCCGGAGUACUACAGGCUGCAGCACCUGACGGACAAGAGCGACGUGUACAGCUUCGGCGUGGUGCUCCUGGAGCUCAUGUCCGGCUGCCGCGUCGUGCAGCGGUACGCCGAGAGCGUGACCCCCAAGAACGUGGUGGACUUCACCGUGCCGCACAUCCUCGCCGACGACGUCGCGCGCGUGCUCGACCCGCGCCUCCCGGCGCCGACGGCGCACGAGGGCGAGGCGCUGGCCUACGUCGGCUACCUCGCCGCCGACUGCGUGGGCCCCGUCGGCUGCGAGCGCCCGUCCAUGACCGAGGUGGUGGACGCCCUGGAGCGCGCGCUGGCGGCAUGCUCGACGGCGCCGGUCUCCCGCUCCGGGACCGCCCGCCGCGUGCUGUCCCGCUCCGGCACGGACCAGUUUGACCUCACUGACACCGACUAGCGAGGCCCGGGCCGGCCGCCAUUGACCGCCACGCAUGCACGCACACGCAACCCAACGCUGCUGAUGCCAUGUCUGGAUCCGCAUCGCGUCAGCGGCCACUAGAGCCCAAGGGCCCCAGUAGCAAGCCACGCCAGUCGCCAUUGCAGACGGAAAGCAAUGCGAGAGAUGGAAUCACAAGUGCGGAGAAGAAGCCAAAGCGACGAGGAUUCCUCAUCAACUAACUUCGUGGCGAGCAGCUGAUCUUGCCAUGGCGAUCGUCCUCCCGUCCCGGCCAGUCAAAUCAAGGAGCAGCGACCACUCGUUAACAACUCCACAGCGACGUCCCACCGGUUUUCCGUUCGUCGUGCAGGUGAACCGGAGCAAAAUGAGAUGAGAGGGCACGGCACCAUGGAAAAGGAGGCGUACAUUUCCAUUCUUUCUUAUACUUUUUCUCCGUUUAUUUUAUUUUCCUUGCGGCGUGCACGCCUGCAUUUGUUCUUGUUCUUUACUCUUUGGUUGCUUCAUUGGGCGUGGGGAUUCUUUAUUGAUGUGUAAUUGUGUAUAGGAUUUCCUUUUACGGCGAUAAUUGUGUACAGAUAGAUUAUACGACAUCAAGAUCAUUACAAAGGGCGGGUUUUUCUA